AUGGCAUAAGAACCUAAUCCAUUUAGUAAUAAUAUACAAUAUUAUCAAGAGCAUGUGACAUUUAUGGACACUAAUUGUGCAGCAAAAGCAGGCAUGGUCACUGUAGCUGGAGGUGCAAUGGGAUUUUUAAUGGCUUUGUUCAUGAAUGCAGUAGAAAUGAGAGACAUGGAUUAUGGUAGAACCAAAUAAUCAACUCGAUAUGUGUUAAGAAGAGAUAUAAACAAGAUGUUUGGAAUGGCAAAAGGGUUUGCUAUUUUCGGUGCUUUUUACUCAAUAUUUGAAUGUCAAUUAGAAAAAUUAAGAAUUAGAGAUGAUGCAACUAACUCAUUUCUCUCUUGUAUGUUUUCAUCUAUGGUACUGGCUGCUGAAUCAGUGGGAUGGAAGGGUUUAAUGAUGUCAGGAUUAGGUGGAGGUAUGUUUGGAGGGGUUAUGUAUUAUGUUUAGAUAAAAUUUAUGAAUCACUGA